AUGCCACUCACUGGCGUCUACUUCAUACCCACCAACCCCCAGGCCUCAACGACUCUAAAUACCCUCACUGAGCGCCUACGCGCCACUUUCUCAGAUGAAGACAUCACGCCCAUCGGCCGCUGGGCUCUCGACCAUAAACUAAUGCGCGACACACCCGGCUUGCUGCCCCAGCCCACACCCCAAGGCCAGCGCCCCGCUCAGCCGCGCUAUCUGCAACUCCUCUCUUUAAGCCACUACCCGACCCACGGCUUCAUCUACACCUCCGAAGCGACCGAAAAGCUCACCCACCGUCCCUCGCUCUCCACCUCGGCCUCACCGGUCCCUGGCGCCGCGUCGCCUGCACAGCCCGCGAGCGCGCAGAUCGGUGCUGCGGGCUCCUCGCCCAUGGUGAUGACCACUGUGCCGCCGGCCGCGUACAAGACGCUCUUUCAGCACUUUACGUACGCGUGCCAGCCGAUCUGGUGUCACCGGUUGACCUUUACGGUGCCGAACGGGAUCGUCUACGAUGUAGGUGAUUUCCGGGUGCGUAUGGGCGAUGUGAGACAGACUUUCCCGGCUGUGCGGCCGCGAGGUGCCAUCGUCGAGAUUGAAUGGCGCGGUCCGUCGAUGGUGGACUCGCUUGCGGCGAUGCAGAGUCGCAGUGCAGACUCUGGGUUGAGGACGGAGUCUGAGGAGGCGGGUGAGACGGGGGUUGAUGCGUCGUUCCUGGAUCUGGAGGAGGCGGACGUGGAUGCGGAGUAUGCAGCCACAGCGUCCUUGAUUCGGGAGUUUUGGGGCAGGUUGGGUGUGCCAGGGGCUAGAGAGGCUGUUCUGCUACCUGAUCUGGGCAAGGAAGUCAAGGAGAAGCUGGGGAAGAUGAAGACUGGGAACAGGGGUGGUAGUGGUCGAGGAAGGAAAAUGGAUGAGGUGGAGAAUUUGACUGGGUACGGGGGUGUAUCCUUUGAGAAUGAUGUUGAUCCGACGGCGGGGACAGAUGUUGCGAGGCAGUAUAUGGAGGUACUGCGGUUUAAUCGGUAG